CCUGACCACAGGUGUUGUAAGCAUGAAGGACAGUGUGCACAGUGAAACCCUUUACACUCCCACUUGAUGUCACACUGAGGUCACAUUAUGUUGACUUUUUGCUUCAGCUGCCGGUCAACAAUAGAACUGCACAGCUUCACAGCUUAAAAGGGUUUGCUCAGUUUGAGACGGAGACAAACAGCCAUGGCAGCUCUGAGGACUCUAGCUUUUCUUGCUUUAAUUGCAUUUGUUUCCAGCAGCGAGACAUCAGACUGCUCAUACAGUGACCUUCUGAAUCACUUAGACCUGACAACAUCAAAUAAUCUUCUGGCAGUGAUGCGCCCUGUGAAGAACUGGACUACACCCACCCUCGUUAAGAUGGACAUGGUGUUGUAUGGUAUUUUAGGAGUGGAUGAGAAGUCUCAAACUGUCACGAGUCACAUCUGGAUCCAAAUGCGUUGGACAAAUGAAUUCCUGACCUGGAAUUCAUCAGACUUUUGUGGGAUCAAUGUGUUGACCAUUCCCAGAUCGUGGCUGUGGAUCCCAGAUGUAGAUAUCCAAGAGGAUGCCUCUGAUACUGGGAGCAUUGUGAAGAGUCCAUUUGUCAGUUUGUCUGCCGACGGUACAGUGUUGUCAAACGCACGUCAGCGACUGACCUCCACUUGUCAGCUGAAUCUCAACCUGUUCCCCUUUGAUUCACAAAACUGUACCAUCACCUUUACAUCCAUGAAUUCCGACGUGGCAACUAUAGUUCUAGGAACACUCAGGAGUGACACAAUCCUUACUGAAAUCUCUGAGCUGAUCAUGGUUACAAAGGGAGAAUGGCAACUCGAACAAAUGGAAAUUAUCACUUUUUCUCUACCUGGAGAAACUUGGCAAAGCAAAGUUACAUACAUAGUGACAAUCUCCAGGAAGCCGUUGCUUUAUGUGAUCAAUUUCAUCGUGCCCCUGCUUUAUUUUCUGGUCCUGGAUUUGGCCUCCUUCUUCAUCAAUGAGGCCAGAGGUGAAAAGCUGAGCUUCAAAGUGACUGUGCUCCUGUCCAUAUCUGUCCUACUGCUGAUUCUUAAGGACAUGUUGCCCUCCACUGAAGACAAGCUGCCAAUGAUCGCCACGUACUGUGCUGUGAUCUUCGCCCUGGUGGGACUAAGCGUUUUGGAGGCCAUGCUGGUCAGCUUCCUAAUCGACCUUGAUGGUUAUUGUGGUAUGAAGUCUCAACGCUCUGUAAAAGCCCAAGUGGAUAUUCAACUGCAAGUCGACUCUCACACAGAUCCUGCUGGAGCUGAGGAGACUCCAGAGAAAAACAACAUCCCUCUGGAUUUGCCCAAAGGCCCCAACCUGUUGAAACAAAUCCUGGAGGAAGUGAAGGCAGCUCGACAGGAAGCCGAAGGGCAAGACAAAGACAAGAGGAAGCCUGGACGCUACUUAAGAGUGGCUAAAAUUAUAGACUCUGUGUUCUUUACCUUCUAUUUUGUAGCUGUUGUGGUUUUUGUGACAUACAUGAACGUAGUGUGGAUUUUACAAAUAGAGUAGAAAUGAUGUGUGUAUAAUCUGCCAGUGCAUGCUUUUUGCAUUACUAAGUACCACUGUUUCUAACCCCCUAACAGAUUACACUGAGCUUUUCAGACAUGACUAACAACCUGCAUGCAAAGUUUGAUAACUUGAAAAUGACUAUAUACAGCAUGAUAUGAAAUGGUUAAAUGAUUUGAUGUUUGGAUCAAAGUAAAAUUGAUAAGAGUUUAUAUUGUUGGUUUACUGUAAAUGUGACACAAGCUAAAAGGGGGAAAAUGAGAGAAAUCAGAGGGAAGGGGGUUUGCUGCAUUUUACUGCUGAAGGUAAUGGAAGAUGGCAUGUAUGUACCGUGCAAUGGGAAAACUUUUAUUGUAGGGUGAUGACGUUUACUAUGUUGGUCUGUUUUUCUAUUGUAGUCCUACAUUGAAAAAACUCCUUCAGUAAAUGUAUGUAAGGUUAUUAUUACUCGUGCAUUAAUGUAAAAGCCUUAUUUUACUGUUGGAGCUGGUUUGGGUGGAGCUCAUUUGAGCAUUAACUAAUGAUUAUUUUCAUUAGGGAUUAAUCUGAUGAUUAUUUUCUUAGUCAAUUGUUGGGUGCGUGAAAAUAGUGACAAAAUUGUCACAAUUACUCAGUGCCCAAAGUGACACUCUUAUAAUGUUUGUUUUGUUCAACCAGCUUAUUAUUAACUUAUUAUUACUAAUACAUUACAAGUACUAUAAGUAUUAAAAGGAAAAGUAACAAUCCUUCACAGUAGUGAAGCUGGAACCAUGAAAUGUUUUUACAUGAAAAAUUACAAUAUCAAAAUACUUGCCACUUAAUUUUCUGUUAAUCAGGUUAUCGUUUCAGUUUGACUUGUACAAAGUGUUGGUAGUUAAUUUGUAACAAAACAUAUUUAAUAGGCUCGUCAUAUGUUAUGCAAAAAUCUUAAUGUGUACAGUAACUGAAGGUUUCAGUACCAAGAACCUUGGUACCUUGAUUUGGAUCUGUGUUCCUUUAUAGGAAUUUUUAAUCUGUUCUGUGACUUUAACAAAAACACACUUCACAACAUUUUAAAAGCGCCACCUGUCUACUUAAAGUAAAUGUGACACUGCUCACAGUGCAGGCACAAGGUGUGCAUGCCAUAUGACAUGUAAAUGUGUCAUAUGACAGGACAUAUUGGUUGAGGGGUUGUUCGUUUGUGUCAGCCCAGCUGAACGGAGGGGCGGGUUUACUGAUUUACCCAAACUGUAGCCUUAUAAUGUUGAGUGGCACUGUACUAAUUAUUCUGAAAUUAGUCAGCAGUGUAUAUAUAACUGUUUUCAUAAACAAAACAUGCUCCCAAAAUCAGAUUUGAUUGGACCUCGUGAUUUGUUCUCCGCACCAACAACUGACCGAGCAAACCAACCAGCAGGUGUAUCAAAGCAAACAUACUAACAACGACAAUGAUUCUAUUGUACCUUCAUAAUAAAAGCAUUAUUAUAUACUUGCCGUUAAUGUACUAU